GUGACCUCACUGCUCCAUGUUCGUAGACUAAAGCUGGUUGUGUCUACGGAUGGGUUUGGCAGAUAAAUUUCCCCUCCAUCAUAAACAACUUACACCACACCCAACACAGCAUCGCAAUCAUGACAACGAACAUAUCACUCGAGACCACAAUGGGCUCGCUCACCCUUGAGCUCUACACCACCCACGCCCCUAAGACCUGCAAUAACUUCACCACCCUUGUCCGUCGCGGCUACUACGACAACACCAUCUUCCACCGCAUCAUCCCCAAUUUCAUGAUCCAGGGCGGCGACCCAACAGGAACGGGUCGCGGCGGAAGCUCUAUCUACGGCGAGAAGUUCGAGGACGAGAUCGAUCCGGGUCUCAAGCACACAGGCGCUGGUAUCUUGAGCAUGGCCAACGCAGGCCCCAACACAAACGGAUCGCAGUUUUUUAUCACGCUUGCGCCUACGCCUUGGCUUGAUGGCAAACACACUAUCUUUGGAAGGGUCAAAUCCGGCAUGAGUACUGUGAAGAGGAUGGGCAUGGUCAAGACUGGGUCUGAGGACAGGCCUAUCGAGGACAUCAAGAUUGUCAAGGCUCGCGUUGUAGAGGAGGAGGAGGAGGUCUAGAUAGAAAGCAUUCGCGGAGUGGAUUAGACAUCUCUAGCAUUGGCGUUCAGGAUUAAAAGUUACUAGUCACGAUCACGGUCACAGGUCGCGUUCAAGAUCAUAUUUCUGCAAAUAUCCAUUGUUGUACUCAUUACGCCAAAAACGCCCCGGUCCCUUUUCCAUGGAUGCUGUAAAUAUCCGGUCCCGGUAACCUUAGCCAACCAGCUCGCCAUUCCAAUGCAAUGAUGUAUUGAUGAUAAUACAAGUAGAGUAAAUGUUCUUGAGAAGCAAGCGAUAAGCAAAUGAUGUCCUUUGUCGCGUGACGUACUACCUGCUUCUAUCGUAUCCAACCAUGACAUUCAUGCUGAUGCGUGUAGGCCAGGCUGACACUAAGAGUACAGCCUGACACGCCAUCAGAUCGAUGACACAUCGCUCAUGAUGCUGUUCCCGAGCGAGGUCUACUGAGGAGGGGAUGAGAGAGUGUCUGAAGAUUCUGACUCUCCAGUUGCCUCGCGGAUGAGGCUAGGCUUGGGCUUGGGAGACCCCAGCGGAGGUUUGUUCAUCUUAAGCUUCUUAACAGGACUGAUACCCUUAGACACAACCUUCUUGGGUGCCACCUCAACGGAUUCACUGUUGCUGUAGUCGGCCUUCUGCUCCUGGCUUAAGGACGACAGACCCUUAGGUUUGUCCUUUUUGAGGUUCGGCUUCGUCUUGAGAAUCACCUUCUUGGUGACCGAGGAAGUAGGCUUGAGCUUCUUCUUCUUGUGACUGUUCUCAGAAUCUUCCUCUUCGUCGCUGGCAUCGCGCUUCUUCGGGCUGGCGGCGCGGGAGCCUGGCGCAGGAGUCGCCUUUUGUGAUGAAGGUGGCGUUGUGUCAUUCUGAGAUCCGCCAUUGCUCAACUUCUGCGCUGCAGCUCGACUGGCAUUGCGACCACUGUUCCCAAUGCAUGAGCCCAUAUGGUUAUUCAGUCGAGUGACGAGAAUGCAACGCUUGCAUUUGCUGCAAGUAGCUGAGGGGAAAGAAAGAACAUUGGGUGGUCGCUGUUCGGGGGUGGGAGAAUCGGUAUUAUUCUUUUCCAUAUCCUUCUUCUUCUUGCCCCGACCAGGACCUGGCGCGACCCAACUCUGGCCAUAGAUGUCGCACCCAGGCUUAUCAAUAUAAGGAUGUUUCUUGCAGUAGAUGACACCGGGAUCGGGUUUUUGAGCGCCUUUUCCGUCCGUUGGGUAUAGGAGUCGGGGCAGAUGGCAUCGGGGGCACAGAAUCUCGGCGGUCGUCUUGAGAGGAUUGCCCUUCAGCAAUACUUUUCCAUCCUCGUAUAUAGCGGCGUCGGUCUCAAUCCGUACGUCCGGUUUUGAGUCUGGCGUUGAGCUGUCGGACGCGUCGGAUGCCAGCUUCUCGAUGCGAAUGGCAGCGGUGGUAGCUCUGGCUGUCUUCUCUUCGCGGUGCGUCUUCAUCAAUAGGUCGCUCAGAACGUUGUAAAGCACAUCAUCGAGUACAGCAUGUGCCUGAGAAAGGUUCAUGUUAGCGAUUUAUUAGAAAAGACAUUGCCGAUGGAUAGCGAGCAACGAUUUCGAUGCAAUGGUGCUGCGAUAGGGGGCGCAGAGAUGAGCAAUCACCACAGAGGACAUGAUGGCGCUCGCGGACGGCGACUGGUUUCGCAUCGCAGGGAGGUGGGCAAGUAAAGAGAUAGAGACCGAAUACUUACC